CGUAACAAACCUGCCGGUGCCUGUUUAUUGUCAACCGUGCUCCAAAAUGGUGCUAUUGCACGUAUACAAUCUCCUAAACUGUGCAGUACAUCAGCUCGAUCAGGGGAAGGAUUACAAACUCGUGUCGCUAGCUACGUUGUUCCUGGGAGACUGCUGUGGAGCGCAUGAUGCCAUGAACGACAUCAUCAUGAUGCAGGAACUCGUAAACCACCCGGAGAUCAAUAUUGAGGCUUCGGCUUUCGUUGAAAGCAGCAAAACAGUUGUCGAAAUGUUUGAGAACAUUAAAGUUCGUUUGAGGAGGGUGGAUAUUCAGAGGGAGUACCAGGGACUGAAGACCCAGGAGAAGAUUGGAAUCAGUGACGAUCUGAUUGGAAGACUAGCUUCGUCUGGAAUUGCAGUGGAGGACUUGACGAGUGCUAUGAGGAGUGGAGACCCUGGCGCUGUCCAUGAGCUUCUCAGUGAGAAGCUGAAGAGGCCUACUAGGCUUAAUUAGAGACGAAGAAUAAAUUUAUAUUGAUGAGAUAUAAGUGAAUAUAUCUGUUGAGAUGUAAAAUUUUUUAUG